AUGAAAGUGAGCAAUGAACCUAACGACAAACAAGUAAAAAUUGAAAAGAACUACAUUUUAGAAAUGCUAAGAGAAAAUGAAUGUGAAACUUUAGAAGAACUGAAAAAUUUAAUAAUAUUCUUAAACAGCGAAAACAAAAGGUUACAUUCAAUUAAUAUGGAAUCUUUGAAGAAAAUAAAUAUCUUAAGUGUGAGGGUUAAACACUUAGAAAAUUUAACAAAAGAUUAUGAUCGCUUUUAUCAAAAUAAAAUAAGCUAUAAUCGUAAGUUUAAAGAGUUAAAAAAUAAAGUAAACAUGCUCGUAAGAUUCGCAAAAGAUAAAGAAAAUGAAUACAAUGAGUUAAUUGGUAAACAAGACAAAUACUUUAAAAAUUUUUUUUUUGACUUAAAUAAAACUAUAGAAUCAAUUAUUUCAUGUGACAAAGACAAUGGUUGUAGUACCCCUGGGAGAACAUCUCCAAAUGUUAGCUCGAUUAAGUAUAAAGAAAAGGUUCAUUCAAAUAGUCAUCUAAAACAUCAGGCGUUUCCCUUAUCUUUUUCUAAUACUUCCUUUUAUGGCAAUAACAACAAUAGGGUUUGCAGUGCUAACGAGGACGGUGUCAAUGAGAACAGUAUCAGCGAAGAUGGUUUCAACGAUGAGGGUGAUAAAGAUUUGAAAAUAGAAAAAAAAAAAGACGAGGUAAGUAGCACAAGACAUGGUCUUGGAGUAAAGAAUGUUAUCCCCAAUGCAUUAAAAUUACAGAAGGAAUUAUCAUCAAAGAAUUAUAUUUUAUCACCGAAAAAUUCAGGAAAAAAAUGCGAUUACGAUUUAUGUUACAACAGAAAUAUAGAGAAAAUUAAAAGUUUAUGUGAAUCCAUUAAAAAUGUAGAUAAUGAAUCAUCAAAUUCUAAGAAUUCUUAUUUAAGUAAAGAAAACAACUUUUCAAUUUAUAAUAAUCAUAAGACAGAAUUGGAAUAUUCUCCAGAUGAUGUACUAUGUACAAAAUUUGAAAAAAAAAAAAAAUAUAUGGUAAGUUCUGAUAAGGGUAAUAUUAAAAAUACGAAUUUGAUUGAAAAUAUUACAUCAAAAACUAUAAACAUACAAGAUGAAGUUGAACUAUACAAAACACAAAAUGGGAGAAACCUGCAAACACAAAAAUCGCUAAAUAAAAUUGUUGAUUAUAAUGCUGAUAUAAAGCAGAGAUUAAAUAAUUUGAUGGAUGAGGUCAGUGUUGAAGAUAAUAAAAAAAACUCUAUCAUUACCAAGAAUUAUUUGAAUAAGGGCAUAAUCUCAAAAAGUAAUAUAACUGGUAUACUAACUAAUAAAGCAAAUAUUGCUUCCUUAGAACAUAUAGAAAAUAGCAUACCCAAAUAUGUUAAAUAUAACACUAUUCAUCGUGAAAUUAUGAACCCUCGUCAACAUUUUCUCACUCAAAACAAAAGUUCAAUUGAUCAUAUUAUUUGUUUAUAA